GCAACAGUACAGCUAACUGAGCGCAUUACGCCGAAAAGCUGCAACUUGUGAGAGCGCGUAACGGCCGCAUCUUGCGGCAUUUCCGCACGUUAUGUUAAACGACUGCAAUCGUCGAAGGGGUCCAGGGAAGUGGUGUCCGGUCACCAGCAGGCACAUGGUUUUCAAGGUUUAGGAUGCUAUAGCCAGCCAGCAAGAGAGCGGUCUUCCAAGAAUGACCAGACGAAGUGCACCACCGGCAGCGACAUGCGUCGUCUCUAUGGCUUUCUCGGUGGUUGCAGUAUGUCCAAUUUGGCCUCCUGUGAGCGACCUGACCGUGAUGGAAUUGCUGAAAAUUGCACAGAUGCAAGGCCUGCAGCAGAUAGCCUUACCCGGCGUCACUGGCAGAGUGGGCGGUUACGACUACGCUAAUGCCACGGCCAGGCACUUUAACGUGACACAGCUCGGUCGUGGCAAGAAGUUCUUGCGCUACUGUCGCUUCGGACGGAAGGACACGAUCGAAGUCCAGUACCGGAUUUCCGCAAUUCUGUCGACCCUGUGGUGGAAAGCACCCGCGGACCGGGCUUUCGGUGACAACGAAGCUAAAGCUACGAAGCGCCCGCGGGUGCGUCUGCGUCAGCAGGCGUUUGAACUGGGCGGUGCUUUUGAUGCCACAGUAGAGGACGUGGAUGUCACCGUUCUAUUCGUUCUCCGCCGAAGCCCACGAAAAGGCACUGUUCGGCUCUGUGCCGAUGAGGUUGAUCUGAGUACCAUCGGCGCUCCCAUUGCGGAAGCCAAAUCUUUCAAUGGAGAAGUCGACAGAUCCCUCCGACAUGCCGCGAAUCAGAUGUACGCUAGCGAAGUGGACAGACUUACCAGUGGCCUGCGUAGGAUUCUAAGAAGGAGUGUUUUCAGCUGUGUUGGGCCUGUGGCUAAAACAAGGUACUAAAAAAAUAAAGGUACGGUAGCAGUUGUG